UGCGUUCUCACUUCCUCCAUAACGUUAGAGAGAAGAGCUGCCUUGCCUCUUCCCUUCCCUGCACUUCUUUUCCGACCCCUGCUGAUCUCAGCCGAUCACGUCCGUCCGUCUCACCGGAAGCUGUUCGAGCUUCAACGCCGGACGAGAGAGGGGGAGAGAUAGCAGUGGUCCAAGAAUCUCGCGACAUUAAGGCACUUCGGAUUAGCAUAGGCCGGAGGAGAUGUUGGAGGGGUCAAGCUUUCAGCUGGGUGUGAUUUGGUCGCUGGCUCUCUCGGUUACAUCCUCGGUCGCCAUUGUCAUAUGCAACAAGGCUCUCAUUAGCUCCCUUGGCUUCCCUUUCGCAACCACCUUGACAAGCUGGCAUCUGAUGGUUACAUUCUGCACGCUUCAUGUGGCGCAGUGCCUGCACCUGUUCGAGCCCAAGUCCAUUGAUGGAAAGACGGUGGCCGUCUUCGGCUUGCUUAACGGCACCUCCAUUGGCUUCCUCAAUCUCAGCCUCGGCUUCAACUCCAUCGGAUUCUACCAGAUGACUAAACUCGCCAUUAUACCCUUCACGGUGCUGCUGGAGACUAUCUUCCUAAAGAAAAAAUUCAGCCGGAGUAUCAAGCUCUCUCUUCUGGUCUUGCUCCUUGGAGUUGGCAUUGCAUCUGUCACUGAUCUCAAGCUCAAUCUUCUUGGCUCCAUUCUUUCCCUCCUUGCCAUUGCUACUACAUGUGUUGGCCAAAUUAUGACAAACACGAUACAGAAGAGGUUGAAGGUUUCCUCCACACAGCUCCUCUACCAGUCUUCACCCUACCAGGCGGCUAUCUUGUUUGUGACCGGCCCUUUUGUUGACCGAUUGCUCACCAAGCGCAGCGUCUUUGCCCACAGCUACUCUCUUGUGGUUUUGGGAUUCAUCAUCCUAUCUUGCUUGAUUGCGGUGUCUGUAAACUUCAGCACAUUCUUGGUGAUUGGGACGACAUCCCCAGUGACAUACCAGGUGCUCGGCCACCUGAAGACAUGUCUCGUCCUUUCCUUUGGCUACAUCCUGUUGCAUGACCCCUUCACUGCACGGAACAUUAUAGGCAUCCUAAUUGCCAUCUGUGGCAUGGCUCUAUACUCUUACUACUGUGUACGUGAGGCCAAGAAGAAAUCAGCCAAUGAUGUCUUGCCCAUCUCGCAGCUUGCAGAAUUUCUAUUUUUCCUAGGGGUGAACCAAGCGGUGCUGAGUAGUUGGUUACUCAGGCUUGGCUCACUGUAUAGUAGGUCUGAUCAAGCUCGACUCAAAUGCGAGCAAAGCUUCAAAGAAGCUGUUCAAGCACAAUUAGCAAGUAUCUGAUAUUCAGGCUACAGUAUCCAAUGGCAGACAAGGAGAAUGCACCUCUUUUGGCCACCAAAAGUUUGGGGCAUCAUCAAGAUAAAGAUGACAAUGAGACUAAAAAAGCUAAUGUGGUUCCUGCAGCUGCCAAGAACUCUCUUGCAUAGUUCUUCUCAAAAGAAUAAAAAGAAGGAACUCUAUUGCAUGGUCAAGUUUUUGUUCUAGUGGCAAUCGGAAUCGGAAUUCUUCAAUGUUUUAGAAUGGUGUUGCUUAUCAUUCUUGUCAAUUGAAUGUACAUCAUUUUGAUUCUUUUAUAAUCUCUAGAUCUUUCCUCCA